UGAGAACGGUCUGUUUCGGCCUUAAUUUUCAACAUCCGACAGCUCAACUCCGUACAGCAUUUACUCAUUGGCUCUUGAUUCGUCUCUAUUUGAUAUUAUUAUUACUACUCAUUGUCUGAUUGAGUCAUUUCUCGUAUAAUCAGUCGCGAUGAGUUUUGGAAGCCCCGGUGGUGGCGCAACCAAUGUCAAGCCUACUCCUCCUGAGCGAGGGAGUUUCCCACUUGAUCAUGAAGGCGAAUGCAAGCACCUUAUUUCCCAGUAUCUGAAAUGUCUGAAACUGAGGAGAGGGGUUAACGACGAAGAGUGUCGCAAGCUAGCCAAGGGAUACCUGAGCUGUCGAAUGGAUAAGAACCUGAUGGCGCCCGACGACUUCAAAAAUCUCGGACUCGUAUUUGAGAAAGAGGAAGCGCAAAACGACAAGACGGCCGGGCAGAAUGCAGGGACAAAGUCAUAGGACUGUUGGCGACUGAAGAUGGCGAGUGUAGGAUAUACUGGGCAUGACGAAGUCGGGAACAUGAAUGCCCCGGCUCUCACGAAUAUUGCUAUGUUGCUCCUGGCGUUCUGGGCAUUUACUCUAUCUGUAUAUAUUGGACAUAUGCAUCUCUUGUAUAUCAACAUGCAAUCAAUAAAAGCCAUGCAUGACC